GCUAGUAUACCUUCGGUUACUAAAAAGAAAGGACACGUGGUUUCAUUAUCAAACCUGGUUUUGUGGUAGCACCAAAUGUACAGUGAUUUUCCAACUCGCCUUCUUGUUUGUUGCUGCAACACUUCUCAAUUUCGGGUCGUGAAGAGUGGUGAUAGACUUGAAAUUCAGAAGAAGAGAAGCAUGUGGCUCACGAUAUUCCUUGAACCGAAACGAAGGAUCAUCGUAACUUCUAGCCAGCAUCUCAUCUACCGUUAAACAGAAUAACAACGUCAGAUCGUCCACUCGAUCUUGUUUAUGCGGAAAUCAUAAAAACGUGUUGUCAGUGUCACACAACAAAAUGAAGCCAACAGAACGUGCAGUUUAUCAUUUUAUAUUCGUAGUGAUUUUUGCAACGCACCUUAGAAAGCCAUCUUUCUUUUAUCGCCAGCAGCUCGGUCAUCGAAAAAUCGUUCCCAGUGGUAAAAGCAAAAUUGCCAUUGGGACUUGAAAAAAGCCUCAUGGUUCCUGGUCAACAGCUUGGAACAACUCUUUUGUUCUUUUCCGGCAAUGAUGGAUAAAUUAUUGUCGUUAACAUCGGGACCAACAUUUUCGUGGCUGCACUUUCGCUCAGCUGUUCGUAAUCAUCACUCUGCAAAAAUUGAAGUGUUCUUACACGAAAGAUGAAAAUCACUUGUACCCACCCGAACUCCUAAGUGGAAUUUAAAUGUCUCCAAUUUCACAUUAGUUCUGGUGGCCAAAAUAAAAAAGGAUCCCGAAAACAACAAGAAAAUGCACUCCUUGGGGCUUGUUCUGUUGGCUGUUGUUCAACUUGUCGUGGCCAUGACGGGCGGACCUUCGACCAUCAAUCGACACUCGCAGGGAGACAUCUUUUCACAUCAAGGUGCCUCGGGCGAAUGCAAUGCUGCGGCUUGCCUAUCGGCCCUCGGUCAGCGAAAUAAUGGAAGCCUAUCUGCUGCCCGGCUUGGCCGCCACUGCCAAUGCCAGUGCCCCAUAGAUCGACCCAUCUACCGUGAAGACCUCAAGCAAUGCGUUAGCACCAUCGACGAAUGCGCGUUGGCCGAUUACGUCAGUGGGAUCCAAUCGGAGAAAGUGCCUUUCGUCUUCCUACCCGUCCAAGGCCAACUGAUCAACCCCAAUGCUGAAAUUGCCCUUUCAGAUGUACGGGCUGAAGGUCAAGUGGUCGUUUCACCUGUUUGCGUCGUCUCCAAAUCAACUUUUCUCACUCGUUCCGGAUGGAUAGCCACGGAUAAUUCGUCGUCAGGCAUGCCAACAGAUCGGGAACUACCGUUCGCUCUCGCUCGCGAAUCCGGGCGUACACAUUUGCAGUGGUUGGGCGAACCGCGACUUCGGUCAUUGAUGGAAGGCCGGAUCGUCCUGGUCAAGUUGCUCUGCAAGGACACGGCCAAUGCGCGCGUUGGUGUCUUCUCGCCCUGCAUCGCCUUCCGCGUCGCCGGCAGUCCAGGUUUGGUAGAAUCUAUCCGACAUGGGGGCCCUGGUGGCGAUGAGAAAAGCGGACUGCGCCAUGCAGAUUAUCUGGCCAUUGGCAUUAGCUCGGCCCUUCUGGGCAUGCUCUACGUGGCCGGUCUUGUGGGUUUCAUCUGUUACCGGCGACGGAAGCGCCAGCUGGAGAACGUCCACAUAAAAUUGUCCGCCCAGCCGUCAACCCCUGUCCAGGAAUUGGGCAUCAUGCGACUCAAUCCGCUACUCCAAUCCGCCAGAAAUAGCAGUCAUCCGGCCACCUCUGACCUAUCAAAGAAUGUCAGACAGCAUCAUCGGUCUUCUAAUAUGGAAUCACGAUCCGAAGGAAAUCGACGAAAUCGUCCGUCGAACGCGCCCGGGAACAUUCAUCCGACCAUGAAUAACUACCGUUACAAUGGCAGUCAGUCGGAAGAUUGUUUCCGGGAUCCAUCGGUUGACGAUGCUGGACAAGACGCAGCCUAUUACUAUCGCAGGGAUUCUCCGAUGAUGACCAAUGACAAUCGACGGCUUUACUUCAGUCCGGCCUAUUUUGAUUUGGAAUUACUCAAACAGUCACCUCCUCCCGCGGCGCUGGAAUUCCUGUCUCGCAUUCGUGGAAUGAUUGACGUGGCUAAAGACAAAAUGUCUUCCAAACGAUUCAUGCCGAGCUUAAUUGACAUUCCGGAAGAGUUGAGCCAUUAUUCCGGCUACGGAAGUAAUCAAGGCUUGUCGCAUUACGCCGAGGAGUUCCGUCGUAAUGGCUCGUUCAACAACAGGCCGCCAUUCACGACCAUUGACGAGCCGGAGAGCGCGCGCAAUUCAUACGGAACUCUCAAAAGGCCAACAAAGAAAAACGACUCGCUCCAGCGAAACUCACUUAAUCGGAAGACGGUGACAGGCGACAACGUCGACGCUGCUAAGCUGUCAGAAAACAAAGACGACAUUUACCAUCCCAUGGAAUUAAGGACCAAUUUCCUUCAGAAGAGCCCUCUACCGGGAAGAAAAUCAACUAGUUUGACUUCGGAAACGAAUCUCGCUUCCAUUUACACCAAUCCGUCCAUUGAAGAGAUUUACCGGUCACUGGAUCGUUCCCAUCAGCUGCAGCCAAGAACCAAAGGGGUCGCUGACAACGGGGCUGAAAGCGACGCCGUCUCCGAUUUAGUCUCCGAGGCGGAGUCGAAAAUGCCGAAAAUUACGGCGCCAGCAACGACGCGUAAAACGUAUUUUGAGCCGGACAGCCUGGAUCGGAAGCCUUCGAAUCACGGGGGCAAUAGCAGACCUCACCUGUACCAGAAGAAGCCGCCUCGUUGGUCUAAACGAGUCCAACAUCCGGACACGAACGACGAAAUGCGUGAAGCGGAUGAAAAUAGCAGCAGUGCGGCUGGUUACACUUCUAGUACGUGCACGUCGAUGAAAUCGCUUAGCCGCGUCCUUCCAGCCCAAGAGGCGAUGGAAGUGGGCAAUCAGCUCUUUAAUAUGGACACCGGAGCACCUACCCUCCCGCGAUUAAUCAAGCCGAACGCAUCCGAUCGUAGCCAUGUUUACGAAACGAUCGGCCGCAAUCAUGAUAAAGACGGCAUCUUUGUUAAUAGAGACUUCCGCAAGCCGCCAGAAGUGAUUUAUUCGAGCAGCAAUUCGUCCAGUUCCAGUAGUAAAAUUACAAUAGUCGAGGACUGCCUCAAAAAUAAAUUGACCAUCCAGGUGGAUGACAUCCGGAAUUUGAAAGACGAGUUUGAGCCGGAUACGUUGGAACGUAGUAACGACGCGCAAACGGCGCCACCUUUCCGACGUCAGGAAAGCUUUAUCGCCGAUUCACUGGAACGGCCCAUUCAGCCGGUCAAGUCGACCAUUAAUAAGCUGAUGAGCUCCUGUAACAAUAACGCGCCCGUUUCGCCGUCCUCUUCUUCUUCCGGAUUGGGCUCUUCUGGCGAGAGCCUGAUGAACAAGGAUGAUUGGAUCAAGAAAGAGGAAUUGCCUCCACCCGGAAGUGUGGUUUCCCUACGUCAAAUCUACACAGCGCGGACGCAUCAAACGAAAGUCGGGACGUGGACAGCGGCAACGCUGGAAGCCACCAAGAAACCAUCCAGCCGAAUCGUUUCUGCGUCCAAUCCUCAAAUUCUCCUCCGGUUGUCAGGAAACGAUGAAUCCAGGAUGUACCACCAAACAUCAUCCGCUCCGGCCGAGCCAGUCGCACCUCCACCUUUACCAAUCAAAGCAGUGGGCAGUCCAAUAGCAGCGCCAUCUAUUCCAAGAGAUUUGAAACCUCCAAUAGGAGUUCAUCAACAUCCACCGAAGGUCAAACAUCCGCCUUACAGUUCCAGAGGAGUCCAAACGGAAUCGCCGACGACACCUCCGCCGACCCUUCCGCCAAAAAACGGGAAAGGCGGGAGUUCCGGUAGAGCGGACGCCGCUACCGCGACUUCCGCCGUCAAAGGCCUCGGAGAAAACGACGACGAGAGCAAGAUCUACAGCGGGCAUUUCAUAUUGAGCCAUCCGUCGCCCAGCGGCAGCAUCAAAUUACCCAACGUCCUAGAGCGGAUUGCUCAGAUUGAACGGGAAGAAAGCCGAAUAUCCGGCGCAUCAAAAGGGAUGGAAAUAGCCAUGUCUUUGAAAGCUCGUAUGGGUCACCUUGAAGGAUCGCUAAAGGAUCAUAAAAAGACUUUUAGGAUCAAGAAAACGUGGCGCAAGCUGCUCGACAAAGUAGAAGACUCUUUCUCCGAAACGGAAUCGGCCGGCUCCACUCUACGACGUCCGUCAUCUUCAGCUUCCAAGCUCUUGAAGAAGUCAUUACCUCCGCCGCCGCCGAGUGAUGAGGAGAACGAUACGGAUGACGAGUCGCAGUCCAGCUUGGGGUCAGACGGAACGGGACGGGACCGCCAUUCAGUCAACGGUGGGGUUGACCAGAAGACAGACGGCAUCAAGCUUAAAAGUUUCUACACUUUUGGCGAAGAUCAGCCUCAGGCCGUCCAACCUCUUUCGACGUCGACGAUCAAAUCCAACAUGACGGCGCAUAGCCGCCGUUCCGUUGCCAGCGGAUCUGUUGGGAGCAACUUGGCUAGAAAGUUACGCACCAAUGAAUCGUACGACAGCGGCCUCUAUUCCAGCAACUAUUCCACCUACAUCGGCGACUAUUGAUUUUGCUGCUGUUAUUAUUUGUUGGACCUAGAAUGCGGACUUCUUGAACACAGAUGGCGUUGGCCGUCGCCUCAUCGCCCCGUCUCCCGUUUUCUGUCUAUAGCACGCCUCACAUACAUAAACAGCCUGAUGACAUUUACAGAGCAAAAAAGCGAAAAGUGAGUCAAAUAAGGGGGUGUAGGAAAAGGAAGAAAGCGUUGUUAGGUUGGUUCUUUUGAUGAUAAAAUGUCUCCGCCGGGAGGUCUGCAUACAUGGAUCGAUGUUGCGCUCAGCCACAAAAGAAACUUGA